GAGACUUAGAGAUUGAGGAUUUGUUUACAGCCGGAUACUUAUUGGUGAUGCCUGUCCAAGUUCUCGAUAAAGACUGAUAAGUUAUCGCAGUCCGCACAGAGCGACAUCAGCGCUGGCCGGUCCGCUAUUGCUUGGAGACGAACCCGCAGCCUCCCGCCCUGCCCCGACUAUCUACUCGCAGGAGGAACGAGUGAAGAUGAUUCAGAGAGGAAGUCAGAUGGAGUACCUUUUCCUGUCCCUGCUGGUGUGCUGUGUGCCCUCCCUUAGAGCAGAGUACGCUGGUUGUGGGGAGUUUGAGUUCUACAACCAGACCAGCAAUAGCUGCCAGGCCUGUCCUCAAUGUCAGCCAGGCCAGGAGCCCCACAUGAACUGUGGCUACGGCAGUAAGGAUGAGGACUUUACGUGUGUGGCGUGUCCGGCGGGGAAGUACUCCAAAGGGAAGUAUGAAAUCUGCCGACGGCACAAAGACUGUCACGCGCUCUACCGAGCCACCGUUCUCUUACCUGGAACACUUGACAGCGAUGCUGAGUGUGGAGCCUGCCUGUCUGGGUUCUACAUCCAGGAGAUCCGGCCCAGGAACCUGUAUGGGAAGGUGUGUCACUCCUGCCAGAACGCCCCGCACAACACCAAAGAGUGCAUGCGCACCACCUCUGUGUCAUCAGGCCGGGUCCCCCCCGACAGCAGCAGCACCACAAUGUUGCCCCACCCUGUGAAAGAUCCGACGGGGCAGGGUCACCUAGCAACCGCUCUCAUCAUCGCCAUGUCAACCAUCUUCAUCAUGGCCAUUGCCAUCGUCCUAAUCAUCAUGUUCUACAUUCUGAAGGCCAAGCCAAGUGGCCAGGCCUGCUGUUCAGGGCAGGGGGUGAAGGCCGUAGAGGCGCAGACCAACAAAUCGGAGGACAAGAAAGACGUCCCAGAGAGCGUUGUCAUUUACGCUGAAAAGGAUGAAUUCGACAAGCUGAAAGCUCCGCCUCCGAAACCGGUCAAAAGUGAGAACGACGCCUCGUCGGAGAACGAGCAGCUGUUGAGUCGCAGCAUCGACAGCGACGAGGAGGCGGCCCUGGAGAGACAGGGGGCGGCCGAGCCCAACCCCAACCUCUGUCUCCUCAACCUGGGCAACAAGCCCGACCUCUGCCUGCUCUCCCUGGGCCUGCUCACCAGGGACAAGCACCCCAAUGGAACUGUGGCCAACCACAUCAGCAACUCCACCAACGUCAGCAACGCCAACACCAUCAACAAUAACAACAACAACAAGGCGACAGGGAUUCAGAGUCGAAGGAAAAAGAUCCUGGACUUGUAUGCUAAAGCCUGCAGCGUAGCAGACGGACUGAGCCCCACCGAGCUACCGUUCGACUGCCUGGAGAAGGCCAGCCGCAUGCUGAGCUCGUCCUACAGCAGCGAGGCGGCCGUGGUGAAGACCUGGAGGCACCUGGCCGAAAGCUUCGGCCUGAAGCGGGACGAGAUCGGGGGCAUGAGCGACGGCCUGCAGCUGUUCGAGAGGGUGAGCACAGCGGGCUACAGCAUCCCCGACCUGCUGACCCGCCUGGUGCAGAUCGAGAGGCUGGACGCCGUGGAGUCCCUGUGCUCCGACGUGCUGGGGGGCACCGAGGGAGGGGCCGUGCACGUCAGCGGCCCCGCCCUGUCCUCUCGCUGCGCCAGUGUGUGA